UGUACGUGUUAAACUUUAAAGAGAUAAGAAAAUAGAACAUAAGGGGAAAUAGAUAUCUACGUCAGAAAUUAAACAUUUAUACUAUACAUAUAUAAAGAAGCGAGUUUUAAACAAAUAUGUUGAAACUAUUGUCUCUUGUCUGUGUUUUGUAUUCAGUAAGUGCUCUACUGGACUGCGAUUAUGAUGGGAUAAUUCGCAAAAGUGGUGAUCAUUUUCCCUCCAGUGAUGGAUGUAACAACUGUUUCUGCACUAACGGGGCCGUAGCAUGUACACUAAGAUUUUGUCUACCAAAAGUAACGUGUACAUACGGAAACGCCACAUACAAUGAAAAUGAUUCGUUCAAGGCACUGGAUGGGUGUAACACGUGCUCCUGUCGAAGAGGUAUGGUCGUUUGUACCGAGAUGUUUUGUCUACCUUCUACAGAUGUCCCUCUGUAAAAUAAAUAAACCAAAAAUAAAGAUAACAUGAAAGCGUU